UGAAGGAGGUGCUUCGGCUACCGCGCUCCACUCUCUCUCAUUCCGCUCAGCGCGUUUCCUUUCAGCGGACCCGUUUCUUUCCUCUACUCACUUUAUUCAAAUAACCGGGAAACGACCAGGAAGCGUCGCGCUAAGGCUUGAAAAUACGAACCGAGCUCAAUCAUCAUUCACGUUCCUCACGGAGAGAGAUUGCAAUGCUUCAAACACGGGAUCUCAUCUGGACCAUGCUGCUCGUUGGACAUGCAGUCUCACUGCAGGUGGAGAUUAUUCCACACCAUGGAGAAAUCAGCGUCGGAGAAUCCAAGUUCUUUUUAUGUGAAGUGGUCGGUGAUGUGAAGGACAUCGACUGGUUUGCUCCCAAUGGAGAGAAGCUACUGCCAAAUAGACAGGACAUCAGUGUGAGCCGUAAUGAUGAGACCUCCACGCUCACCAUCUACAGUGCUACCGUGGACAACGCCGGCAUAUACAAGUGUGUGGCCAAGAACGGGGACAAGGAAGCCGAGGCCACCGUCAACGUCAAGAUCUACCAAAAACUCACUUUCCAGAACGCUCCGUCUCCUCAGGAGUUUAACGAGGGGGAUGAUGCUGUCAUCGUGUGUGACGUCAUCAGCUCUCCGCCACCCACAAUUAUCUGGAAAUACAAGAGAACCAAGAUUCAGCCGGAAAAAGACGUUCGCUUCAAGUUCCUCAGCAACAACCACCUCCAGAUCCAUGGCAUCAAAAAGUCAGACGAGGGCGACUACAUCUGCGAGGGGCGCAUCAUGGCUCGGGGAGAGAUCGACCUCAGGGUCAUUAAGGUCAUCGUCAAUGUUCUGCCUAGUAUUAGGACCCGUUAUGCAGAGCUCAAUGCCACUGCAGACAUCGAGCAGGCUGUGACACUGGUGUGUUAUGCGGAUGGCUACCCAGAGCCAACAGUCACAUGGGUGCGUAAUAAUGUAGUGCUGGUGGCCGAUGAGAAAUACAGCCUGAAUGAUGACGGCUCAGAGCUGACAAUCAAAGAUGUGAAGAAGCUGGACGAGGGAGAUUACACCUGCAUCGCCCGCAAUAAAGCAGGAGAGAAGCAGGAGGAGAUCAGCCUCAAGGUGUUUGUGCAACCAAAGAUCACAUACCUGAAGAACCGGACAGCGUCAGAGCUAGAGGAACAGACUGUCCUGACCUGUGAGGCCACGGGUGACCCCACUCCCAGCAUUAUUUGGAGCUUCGGCAGGCGCGUCUUCAGCGAGGGAGAACAGGCUUCUUGGACUCGACCUGAGAAACACAAGAGUCUGGACAGUAAUGUGAUAGUGCACAGCGAUGCCCGUGUGUCCUCUCUCACCCUGAAGUACGUCCAGUUUACAGAUGCUGGCCAGUACCUUUGCACCGCCCGCAACUCCAUCGGCCAGGACAUCCAGAGCAUGUACCUGGAAGUGCGCUAUGCUCCAAAGAUCCAGGGCCCAGUGACAAGGUUUACAUGGGAAGGGAAUGCUGUUAAUCUCACAUGUGAGGUUCUGGCUCAUCCAAGUGCAACAUUGCAGUGGUUUCGCGAUGGACUGCAGCUGCCAGCAGUAAACACCACCAACAUGAAGAUCUACAGCACACCAACCAUCAGCUACCUGGAGGUCACCCCUGAAUCCCAGAGUGACUUCGGGAGCUACAACUGCACAGCCACCAAUAUAAUUGGCAGCGACUCUAAGGAGUUGCUGUUAAUCCAAGCAGAGGUGCCAUCGGCUCCAGUUAUCGACCGUGUUGAACCGUACCCCAGCACAGCCAUGGUGGAGUUCGAUGAGCCCGAUUCAGACGGAGGAGUGCCUAUUCUCAAGUACAAGGCUGAGUGGAGGAUGAAGGGUCAAGACUGGGUUAGCAAAGUGUACAACGUGGUGGAGGGCCACAGCACCAUCACCAUCGUUGGGCUCAAGCCGGAGACCGAAUACGAGGUCAUGAUGUCUGCCAUCAAUGGCAAGGGUGAAGGAGAAAGCAGUCCCCCAGAGACUUUUAAAACGCUCCCUGUCACCUAUACUUUCACAAUGUCUUCAGUGACUCCAACCACAAAUCUUCCAACCACUGCAGCCCUUAGAGAACCAAAUCCUCCAAUGCUGGAGGCCAAGCUGCAGUCCCCAGGCAAUGAGAUGAAGGUCAACUGGAUCAAGCAGGAUGAUGGGGGCUCCCCCAUCAAACAGUACCUAGUGAGCUUUAGACCUAAACACCAGAACACUUGGAAGCCUGUGAUCCGUGUUCCUAAUGGCAGUGAGUUUUUGGUGCUAAGAGGUUUGGACUGGAACACAGAGUAUGAGGUUUCUGUGGUGGCAGAGAACCAGCAGGGCCGCUCCCAGCCAGGCAUCCUCUUCUUCAGGACCUCUGCAGAACCCACAGCCAUCCCAGACCCAGUGGCCAGUGGUUCAAGCCUUGGUACAGGAGCCAUCGUGGGCAUUCUCAUCGUGGUUUUCCUCCUGCUGCUGAUCGGCGUGGACGUCACCUGCUACUUCCUCAACAAAUGCGGCUUGCUCAUGUGCAUUGCUGUCAACUUCUGCGGCAAGUCUGGCCCCACCGCCAAGGGCAAGGACAUUGAAGAGGGCAAGGCAGCUUUCACGAAAGAUGAGUCAAAAGAGCCCAUAGUGGAAGUGAGGACUGAGGAAGAGCGCACCCCCAACCAUGAGGGAGGAAUCCCCACUGAACCCAAUGAGACCACCCCACUUACCGACCCUGAGCAUGCUGCUGAUACCACUGCCACAGUAGUGGACUUGCUUCCCUCUUUAGCCACUAACUCAGAGUCAGUCACUGACAGUCCUGCUAGUGACAGCACCACCCUCAACUCCAGCACCGCCCCUGCGCCUGACCCCAAAACCACAGCCCCUCCGCAGUCUAGCUCCCCCAAAGCCAACGUAACCUCUCCUACCUCCCUGCCUGCUGACACCCCACUGGUGGACCUGAGUGAUGGUCCCUCCACCCAGGCUUCUCGGCACUCAGAAAUCCCCAAAUCCACUCCCUCUUCAUCCAAACCCAAAAAUGCUACAGAUGCCAUCCAAAAUACAGAUUCAGCUACAGUCUCACAGGUAGAUGGAGGAGCCCACCACGCAUCAGAUGCUGAUCUGACCAAUGACUCCAACUCCACCAGUGCACCAGCUGUGCCCAGCCAGGACGAUGGUAAGAUUGUCAAAGAUGGGAAGAGUAAAGCACCCGAGACGGAGGUGAAGAAACCCUCGGCUGAGGUGAAGACGGUCCCCAAUGAAGCCCCGCAGACAAACGGCAAUGAGAGCAAAGCGUGAUCCUCUGAUCCGAGGGCCUCAGAGUGUCACUACCACAUCGAAACAAAUGGUUUAAUUAAAAAAGGGUUCCUUUCUUCAGUCAGUGUCUUCUAUGAGUUUGCAGAACAAGAGUUUGUAGAUGUAUAGAGCGCCUAAAGAACUCGUGCAAAUGCCUUUUUUUAUUGGGUUUUUUUGUUUGUUUGUUUGUUUGUUUGUUUCUCGUUCUGUUUUUCCUAUUCAGACAAAGCAGGAAGGUUGUUGUUUUUUUUUUUAAUUUUAUAACCUUUAGCGCACUCUACUUCACCUCCUCAGAACAAUCUCAGCUGUCUUUUACUCGGAAGAGAAGCAUAAUAUCAGUGUGAAUAGUUAAUAACUGGGAACGUUAGCUUUACUCCUGAAUAAUGCCUUUUACGUUGUGCACACACAUAUAGUCGAUACUUUUACCAUCUUUGAGUACUGUUUUAUUACAUGCAGUAUUGCCCUAUUUUAUUAUUUUACACAUGGAUUUGGGGAAUUUUAUUUUAACCGUUUUGUUGUGUUUAAAUAAUGUAUAAAAGUAACUGCCUUUUAUUUUAUUUUUUCACUGUUUAUUUUUGAGAAUUAGAAAUAGAUUGCUCGCAUGCUUGCUUUGCAGAUUUUGUCCCAUAAUGCCCCACGGUUAUUGUUUUCAUUAUGACCCCGAGUUUAUAUUUUUUUAUGUUGAUGAACAUGAAGCAAAAAAAAAGCUUUCCCAUUAACACACAAUGCAACAAACGAAGGCACAGUUGAAUGACUGAGAGGCGUAGUCUGGUCAGAUUCAGAUAUUGUGAUCAUUUUAUAGUAACACCUAGUUAUCACGUCCAGCUUUUCAUUUCUUUUUUUUAUUUCUUUUCUAAGUAAUUGUUUGUGUAAAUCAAUAGAAAGGGAGCUUGCUGUUAUUUUCCAGAUUUCCGUCUUUGAUAGGACCAGACCGGAGCGUUUGGAAAUGAAGAUCAAACGACUCCUAAAGAGAACAAGGCCACUGCUGCAAUGGUCAUAGCUUGAAUAAUUGUUAAACAGUAGUACCACCUAUUAUGAAGUACUAUUUAAACACUAACAAAGCAAAAUUAAUAGAGAAUUUUCAUUUAUAUAAACCUUUUUUUUGUAUGCAUAAUAAACAAAUGGCCAUAUUGUUUUCUUUAUUUAAGCCAUAGUACUCAAUUUAAAAUAUUUGAAAAAAAAAAAAGGUUUUUAUCUGUUUUUUUUUCCAGUUCCUUUAGUCUGCCAGUUUGUGCACUGUGAAUGCGUGAUAUAUCCUAGUGUGAAUACAGUGUGUUCUUUGUCAUAGACUUGAAAUAUCCAUAGGUUGUGAAAGGUGUAGCUAUUAGUACAGAUAAUGUUCCAUCUCCGUAAAAUUCCAUUCAAAAUAUAAUGACACAAACCAAUAUACGUGAAAACUCAUCACGAUUCAAAGGAGAAGGUGCCUUCAAUGUUAAAAGGUGUGUAGUUUGAGUGGUUCGAUCGUUCCAUACCACUAUGGGAGUAGAAGAGUUAGUUCGGGACCAGAAUCACGUUCUUGUUUUUGGGAAACGGUUUUGCUCUGUAAACUGUGAAUACAAUGGUUUCUUUUCUAAGCGUGUUUGUAUUGUGUACUUUCGGAGGUAUGAGAGUGUACAUGGGUGUGAUCGAUUAGUAGCAAGCCCAAGACCUUCACGACUUGCCUCUCUUUAACUGAUGCAAAACAAGAUCAUGUGUUCACGAUCAGAAAUGUUAUAGCACCUUGUUGUCUAGUGCCCCAAGAACAUAAAAGCUCGGCACUAAUGCAGACACGUCAUCUUCACAUCAAUCGGCCGAGCUGCCCGAGUCCCUUUUCCAUGAUCAGCACUGCUGUGGUCCAGUCAAAAAUGUAACCAUGUCCAUAACGACUAUUUUUUAAAAACUGAAACAAGCAUGCAAUGUAUUCUUAACUAGAUGUCAUUAGUGUUGAGGUUUGCUAGUAAAUUUGUUAAAUGAAGAACAGUGACAAAAGACUUUCAUUGUUGUUUAUGGGUCUAAUUGAGUGCUCUGUCCAAAUGUGCUGUUAACAUUGUCACUUUUUUUGUUUGUUUGUAUGUUUUGUUGCUUUGUAUUUUUGACAUUCUUUUACAUUACAUUAAAAUGUGGUGGCCUGUAAGUGCAAAUCAAGGGACAGACAAAAAAUGCAACAACAAUACCAAAAACACACCAGCAAAUUCAGAAAAACAUCAUUAUUUACUCAAAAUGGAAACGUUAGAUCCUCGUUGGAGAUACGCAACAAUAAGUAACAAUAACAAUUUAUUACGAUGUUGUUAUAGUGAGGAGUGAUUCGUUCUUUGGAAUAACCCUGCUUCCUUUAGCCGGCUUUUCAGCAUUCGCAUCUAAGUUAUCUUGUUUUAAAAAAAUAAACAUCGCUCAUAAACAGCCUCCAACUCUCCAUAUCCCACCAACUCUUGCACGUUGUAGAUAAUCAUCGACGAGCAUGUGAUGUUCAAUAAGGGCCUUUCCAUUUUUGAGUUGACGAUGUUUUACUGAAGUUGCUGUUGCAUUUUUGGUUUGUGAACGUGUUUUGCACUUACAGGCCAAAGUAAUAGUUUGGCAAAAUGUCUUAAAUGUACAUCAUUUACACCACACAUGAACUCAACCAGCCAAGCAUUUGUCUGACAUUUGCCUGUUCGGAAGUAAUGGAGCCAAAAAGCUAACGUAGCUAACAAGUAAGGAAAGUUUAUCGCUGCUAGUUUCUGUCUAAAUCAUUACACACUCACCUCAGACUACAUUGAAUUGUUCAAUGUCUCAAACAGACUUACUUAUGUGGUUUCUGAUAUCUUUUUUUUUUUUUUUAAGACAAAAGGAGGUUACAAAGCUAAAGAAUCCUAGCAGCCAUGUUGAAGAAUCAUUCCCUCAGGACAUAAAGCUGCAGAUUUAUGUGGAAUUGUAAUACUUUUCAUGCAGAUGUAUUCUAUUUUGUGAAACUAUUUCAUUACAAAUGGUAUUACUGAUCCAACUUACCUGUAUGUCUUUUGAGAUGAAUCCUGAUUAAGCGUACAUUCCAUGUUAGCUACAUUAGCUUUUAGCUCCAAUGCAACACUAAAGAAGCAACUUCAGAUCCCAUAAUGUCUUGGAUUAUUAACUACGUUUUGGGCGAGUGGAAAAUUGUGUACAUUUUUGUCCAAACUAUUCUUUAAUUUUAAUUUAUUUUUUUUUCAUUUGUGGAAUUCUGGUACAUGAACCCAGAAGCUGCACCUCAUGAUGUCAUGUGUUUCUCUGAUUGAAGUCGUGUUGGGGAUUGAAAUGUGGGACCAAUUUCUAUGUGAGUUUACAUGCUAGCAGUUUACCACUGUACUCACGUCAUUCCAACAUUGUAAACCAUCAAAAAAGGCUGAAAAGUUUGUUUCCAACAGCUCGCACUCUUAGCCAAGCAAACGAGUCCAUCCCGAAACUGUCUUUUGGCUUAGAGCUGACUCACAUUCUUAUCUUUCUUCAUCAAUCACAUCUCUCCUCCCAAAACCCUCUUCACAUACUCAUCCACCCAUCCAUUCUGAGCUGCAGGGGCCUUCUCACUCUUGUAUACAGAUUUUUACCACAUCAUACACCGGUGCCACCUUCUCCCUCUACUCUCUCUCUCACUGGUGUAAAUACUGAGUACUAACUCAAACCAUUUUGACUUUUCAUGUGUUCAAUAAAAUGGGAAACAGUAAGCUCUCA